AUUCUGUAGGAUCCAAUAAUAUCAAUUUGCUAGAACCAAUAGGAAUGUUCGGAAAUAGAAAUGAUGGUGGUGGUAUGAAAAUUGAACCAAAAUGGUAUGUUCCUAUCAUUCCAAUGGUGCUGGUCAAUGGUGCAGAAGGUAUAGGAACAGGUUGGAGCACCAGUAUUCCUAAUUUCAAUCCCAAGGACAUUAUUCACAAUUUGAGAAGAAAGAUCAAAGGCGAAGAGAUGAUCUCGAUGCAUCCUUGCAAAUGGAAAAGGCAGAGAAAGAGGGACUUAAAGACAUUCCAAUUAACAACUGCUCUGGCAACAUCCAAUAUGAUGUGUUUCGACCCAAACAAUAAACUUGCAAAGUAUGACUCUCCAGAAGACAUCAUAAAAGAGUUUUACCAUGAACGUUUGAAGCUUUAUGUCAAAAGAAAAUAUAAUGGAGAGUUUAUUUAUAUGAAGCUUGACCCAAUGUUAAAAUUUGAAGGAUUAAAGAAGGCGGAAAUCGUAAAACUUCUUGAAUCCCAUAAAUUUGAGAAAAUAUAUGAUGCGCAGUCUGAAGAAAAUUCGUCUGAGGGUACCGAUACCAACAGAAACACCAAAGGGUAUGAAUACCUUAUGAAGCUUACAUGUUUGGGCUUUAGUAGAGAAGAAGAUCUCGAAGCGGCAUGGGAUGAGUUCGUGAAUGCUAAUCAAGAAAAUAUAUCAACUUCUACUAAUAUCACCAAGACCACAAAAACCACAAAAAAUCUGGCUGAUAACAGAAAAUCCAAGUCAAAACAAACUAAGGAAAAAAUCGAGAAUAUUAUGGAUGAUGUUGAUAGCAGCGACAAAGAUUACACUGAACAAAAGACCACAAUUAAAAAGGCAAACAAAGGAAAAUCCAAAUUGAAAGCUAAAGAUGAUGAAUUUAAAUUGAAUCAUACAACGGCCACGAGCAGCAAAAGUAAAGUGAUUGAAACUGUUGAUGAUGAUGAUACCGAUUACAUUGAACUACAUGAAACAAAAACUACAACUAAAAAAGCAAAUAAAGGAAGAUCCAAGUUGAAAGUUGAAGACGAUGAAUUUAAAUUGAAUAAUAUAACAGCCACGAGCAGUAAAAGAAAAAUAAUCGAAAUGGUGGAUGACGAUGAUUACGAUUAUAUCGAGCCACAUGAAACAGAAAUUAUGACUAAAAAAAGAAACUUAAGAACUGUAAAAAAAGUUAAUUACUUGGUAGAUUUAGUAGAUGACGAAGAAUAA